AUGAAGAUAUGUUUGGUUGAUGAUGGAAAAUACAAAUGCUGUGACUUUGUGAGGGAACAUAAUCAUGAGCUUCAUAUUACAUCAACAGUUCAUAUGCUGCGUUCACAGAGGAAUAUGUUAGACAUACAUAGGCAGAAAAUUGAUUUGGCAGAUGACUCGGGGAUCAUGUCUAGAUCCACAAUUGAGUUAAUGGGUAGGCAGACUAGUGGGAUAGAAAACCUGAGUUGUUUGACCCAAGAUGUUAGGAACUAUCUCUGCACUAAAAGACAGCGUGCCUUGACAUAUGGUGAAGCAGGUAGUUUGAUGAAGUACUUUGUUACCCAAACUAAGAACAACCUAUCUUUCACAUACUCGUUUCAACUGAAUAGUGAAGAACAAAUAACUAACAUAUUUUGGGCUGAUCCAAAGAUGAUCAUUGACUACGCACAUUUUGGAGAUGUAAUCAGCUUUGACACUACAUUUUGCACUAACAAAGAGUGUAGGUCGUUUGGGUUGUUUGCUGGAUUCAAUCAUCAUAGAGGGUGCACUGUAUUCGGGGCUGCAUUUUUAUGUGAUGAGACAGUGGAAUCUUUCGAAUGGCUGUUUGAGAAUGGCAUUACACAUUUGGGUCAUAUGAUGAAAGAUGGUUUCAAGUUUCUUACAGAUUUAAAGAAAUGCAUAUACCAAUACGAUGUGGAAGAUGAAUUCGAGACAACAUGGUAUAAUUUGCUACACGAGUAUGAUGUUAAGGAUAAUGCAUGGUUGCAACGCAUUUAUGGUCUUAAAAGUCAAUGGUGCUAUAUCAAAAACACAUUCACAAUAGGCAUUCGAAGUACACAGCUCAGUGAGAGUCUAAACAGUGACUUGAAGGACUAUUUGAAGUCAAUUUUGGAUGUUGUGUAA